GACCAGCUGACUGGUGGGUAGGCGGAGGCAGGCAAACAAUCGGGCUGGACUGGGGGCUGCUGCUGUUUUACUCCGACAGACCGUCAACCUGAACGGACUGGACCUUGACGCGAACCGCUGUUACCGAGCUCCAGGGAACAACCAGCCUCUGGGGGUUUAAUCCAACAAGCUACACCCAACCUAACCUUGAUUACAGCAACAGCGAACUGUUCUUUGUACAGCCCUGGAGGUUAUCAAAUUAAAUCAGAGCCCCGUAACCACUUGAAUUAAGUGACAUUUAAUAUGUCCAUAUUACCGUUCACUCCUCCGAUUGUGAAGAGGCUACUGGGCUGGAAGAAAGGAGAACAAAACGGACAGGAGGAGAAAUGGUGCGAAAAGGCUGUCAAAAGUCUCGUAAAGAAGCUGAAGAGGACGGGACAGUUGGAGGAAUUGGAAAAGGCCAUCACAACACAGAAUAUCAACACAAAAUGCUUAACCAUACCCAGGUCUUUAGAUGGACGUCUGCAGGUCUCGCACAGAAAAGGUCUACCUCAUGUGAUCUACUGUCGCCUAUGGCGCUGGCCGGACUUGCAGUCUCAUCAUGAGCUGAGGGCGGUAGAUCACUGUGAAUUUGCCUUUCAUACCAAGAAGGAUGAAGUGUGUGUCAACCCCUACCACUACCAGAGGAUAGAGACGCCAAUUUUACCGCCUGUUCUAGUCCCACGCCACACAGAUAUAUCUGCUGAGUUUCCACCGCUGGAUGACUACAGCCCAUCAAUACCUGAAAAUACCAAUUUCCCUUCUGGCAUUGAGCCUCAGAGCAACUAUAUUCCUGAAACUCCCCCUCCAGGGUAUCUGAGUGAGGAUGGUGAGACAAAUGAUCACCAACUCAACCACAACAUGGAAACAAGUUCACCCAGCCUUUCACCCAACCCUGUUUCACCCACGAACAAUAAUUCUGACCCACAGCCUGUGAUGUAUUGCGAAUCGGCCUUCUGGUGCUCCAUCUCUUACUAUGAGCUGAACCAGCGUGUUGGGGAGACCUUCCAUGCAUCCCAGCCCUCCCUCACAGUAGAUGGAUUCACUGACCCCUCGAAUUCUGAGCGCUUCUGUCUGGGGCUGCUGUCCAACGUCAACCGGAACUCAGCCGUAGAGCUCACUCGCCGACACAUAGGACGUGGCGUGAGGUUAUAUUACAUUGGGGGAGAAGUGUUUGCAGAGUGUCUUAGUGACAGUGCCAUCUUUGUUCAAAGUCCUAACUGCAACCAGCGAUAUGGGUGGCAUCCUGCCACAGUGUGCAAAAUACCUCCAGGAUGCAACCUGAAGAUUUUUAACAACCAAGAAUUUGCUGCCCUCCUGGCUCAGUCGGUCAAUCAGGGCUUUGAGGCUGUUUACCAGCUCACCAGGAUGUGCACCAUUCGCAUGAGCUUUGUCAAGGGUUGGGGAGCUGAGUAUAGACGUCAGACGGUGACCAGCACCCCCUGCUGGAUAGAGCUGCACCUUAACGGUCCUUUACAAUGGCUGGACAAGGUCCUCACCCAGAUGGGCUCUCCCAGCAUCCACUGCUCCAGUGUCUCUUAGGAAAACUAGUCCCAGAUAUGCAACUGAGUGCAAGUCACAUAGGAAAAGUCAAGGUUUUGUCUGAUGAAACAAGAAGCAUCAUUCAUUUCAUGCAGGGGGACUUCACUUAAUCAGAAUAUCAAUGAAAAUUUUAUUUUCAGUAAGUCAAUCUAAGAACUAUAGAUACACCACUACAGACAGAGUGAUAGGUACCCAGUAUUUAUUUCUGUUGUUUUUGGUGAAUAUGAUUGACGGCAAAUGAAAACACAAGAUUCAGUUUCCUGGAAUAUUAGUACUGCAUAAAACCACUAAAAGUUAUUUUUAAAGCAGAAAUGUUGGCCAUCUGAAAAUAAUUUCAAUAUGUCGUACAUUAUAUGCACUUGGUACAAGCUGAUUUUGGAUUAUUUACUGCAUCAAUGUAUGCUCAUAAUUUUCCUGAGGGGUCAAGAAUGCACAGGUUGCUUCAGGUUGUCCGCAUGGCUGUUUCUGAUCAGUACUUUGUAGCUUCUCUAUGGAGUUCAGAUCUGGUAAGUUUGCCAUCCUGUCAGGCAUAGGAAAACUAUUGCCAAUAAAGCAAUUAUUGGCAGUAUGGGCAGGUGUGGAAUCAGCAUCUCCAUAAAGCUUGUCAGCAGAAGGAAGCAUGAGUUUUUCUAAAACUUCCUGGUAGAUGGCUUCACUGAUGUUGGACUUGUUAAAACACAGAGUAUUGACACCAGUAAAUGACAUUGCACCUCUUUUGGCUAACACUCCUAACGGAGAAAGUUGUACUGGUGUUUACAACUAACAACUUUACCACGACUGUGUAGGUCUAACAUAAUAUUUUUCCUAAAAGAAAACAUGUCUUAUUCAAAUAUUCAUAGAAACUGAAUUUCAGGGGUGGUUCAGUUGCAAUACUCAAUUAUUAAAAUGAACAGAAAUAAAUGCCUUAAAAUGACUUAGAGCAAUAUCAAUGAUAUUCUAAUUUUAGAUGCACCUGUAUCUGAAAGACCUCUCUCCUGUCCAAAAGAGAUUUAAAUCAAUUUAAAAUGCUUUAUUUUGCUUCAUUCAUUGUAUGGAUUCAUUCUUUACAGACAUUUAAAAUGUGUGUUCCCCAAGUUUAGAUUGAUACAGGUUUAGCUUGGCCAAUUGUUUUUUUCAGUGAUUUAAUCAAGAUUAAUUGUGUGUCCAUUAUUUAUGAGACUCAAUCUCACACACUUAACAGAAAGGGGAAUUAAAUGAUACAUGAAAUAACUUGAAAAGUAUUCAGUUGCGCUUUCAUGUAAUCUGUCUUUUAAGUACACACUACUUCCCAAAUAGGGAUUUAUUUAUAUAAAUUAUCUAAUUUAUGAUUUAAUUGGUAUUUUGUCUACACUAAGGGAAAACAAAGCACUAUUGUUUCUGUAAAAAAAAAGGUAUGAAGUAUUUUCAUCUCUGAAAGAGAUAUAGAAAUUAUUUUUGCAUAUUGUCUGGCAUGGGAAUCUAUUUUUAUCAUUUCCUAAAUAUGACUGUAUAUAAGCGAUUGGAGCUCGUAAUUUCAUGUAGGCGAAAAGCUUGAAAUAGUGCACACCAUGGACCUUUGCUGUAGGGUUGACUGAUAAGACUUUAAUAACCCCAAACUUGAGUUGCAUAAAGUGUGCUUCUAACCAGCGUGAGCUGGUUGUACACAUCUGGAACAGAUUUCUGUAUCAAGAAAUGCUACUUUGAUUUAUUUUACCAACAGGUAACGUUUUGAUUCACUGUCCUUGUGAGUAAAUGAUGUACUUCCAGUUUACUGUUCAUCACUUUAACAUUGUUAUGAUUGCUUGCCCAAAAACACUGUAUACCAUAUAUACAAUGUUAUAAUAUAAGGCAUGUGUCUUUGAUCACUGUCUCUGAUGCAUUGUUCAUCCUGCACUUACAGUACAUAGAACUAUGUUACCAUGUGAUCUAUAACGCCAACAUGGUAGUCGCCUAAACACUGUGUACUAUAGUGCAUUAUGUCGUUUGUAGACUUCUGUGUUCCCUUUAUUUUUGUAGUGGCUUUUCUGGGCCAAGUCUUACGUACAUGUAGCCUUUUUGCUUUUGGUCAAAUGACUGAAACAAAUUGUUUUAAAUGUGAAAUUUUAUUAAAAAGCAACAGACAAGUC